GCCAGUCUUCAAAAGGCAGAUCAAGUCAUCGUCGACUCCACCGUGACUCUUCCUCUUCCGCCACUUCGGUUUCUGCGGAUCAUCGCAACCUCUGCAAUCCCCUCUCCUCUUGCGUUAUCAGGGUCCUCGUUGUCCGUCUCCCUGAUCUCUGCUCCUGAGGUUGCGAUGUUUGCCCUCUUUUCCCGUCAUUCUGCCCAUUCCCUCUCCCGGUGACCAUGCCCAUCUUCCAGGAUCCGGAACACCAGCGGCUCCAGGAUUUGUGGUCUGAUGAUCACCAGCCACGGCUUAGUGCUCGACGUCAGACCAUUUCCCCCUGGAAACACCGUCCUGGGGAGCCCCUGGGCAGCCACCCCCUCACGGGGUCCCAAAAUGUCCCAUACGAAGGCCCCUCUCCGGAUCGAAGCCGGGCGGGAAUGCAUGCAACAAAUCGCGAGGAACUGAUCCAGUAUAUUAAAAGCGCCGAUGCGCCCCGAUGGGCAUCGCAUCAUUCCGUAUGUCCUGCCACUGUAUCGGAAAGCAGUCCGAACCCUACCUCUCAGACAUCCGAUGUAUCUUCCGCCAAUAUGAAAGACAAAGCACCUGUAAAUGCUGGUCCUAGCGACCAGUCUGACUCGAGUGAUCAGCAGUUAGCAUCGCCGGCCGAUAUUGAACGCCCUCGCUCAGCUUUACAUUCAGGAGACUUUAGGGAAGGAAGCUCUCAAGCCCAGAGCCAGCAGCACGCCCCGUCAUCACCGGUGCCUGGUCGCACCGUCAACGCACAUUUUCCACUACUGAGUUCCUCCCCGACGACGCCUUGGUUCAGUACUCCCGUCUUCCCAGCCUCUUUACGAGGCCAAUCUCUAUCUGUUCAGACAGAAACCCCGACAGCCCGUUCCCGGGCGCCCUCUCUCGGCUCGUUCUCGUCGAGCUACAUAUUGAAAGCCCCGACGAGCCCUCUUGUUCACCAGGCAAAUAAUACAGACCUGGACUUCUCUCCUCGGCCGGAGUAUGUCGGUCAUUCGGACGCCAUCGACAAAGUCAGUCGCCGCCGUACCCUUCCCCCGGAAACAUUUCAGCACUUGCAGGCAUCGCAUGGGGGCCAUGCAGAGGGGAUCUACUUCCACCAGUCUGAUGCUCAUCGCACACCAUGGGACACGGCAACAUCUUAUCAUCUGCACUCCCCUCGGCGGUCCCUGACUUCCACAUACAGCCUUCAGCUUGCAUCCUCGGUCCAAACUCCGAUCACGAGGGUUCGAAGGCCCUCGGUGGGCUCAGAAGUCUCUUCCAGAGCACAUGCGCCAAUGGUUGGCUCAUACGAGGAGUCUAUCCUCCGUGGAAGAAUGUCAAUGAGCCCUUCCAAGCCCUUGGACUUUACCGCGCAAAUUGGCGUCCUCGGUAAAGGCAAAUGCAAAGCCAACCUCAAAUGCCCACCGCACGUGACAAUCCCCUUUCCGGCGGUGUUUUACAGCUACCCCACGUCAGGCAGUGGCCGCUCAAUCGCGGACGAUAGCCCCAGCCCUUAUGUUGGCUUGAUAGACUUGGACAAUUUCCUUCCUCGGGACACGUCCAGUGGUAGCAGUCGACGUCGCAGGCGCCAUCAGAGCCCUGCAGGAACACACAACGACUGUGUCAUGGGAAACACCACAGAACUUAAGUCAACCGAUCAGGAAACUCUGCGCAGGCGCGAAAAAAGGCAUAGGAGGGCGGAAUCGCCCAAAAGUCCACCGGGUGGUUGCUACCGAAUCCCACAACACGGUCAGUUGCAGAUCAUGAUCAAGAACCCCAACAAAACAGCGGUGAAGCUGUUCCUCGUGCCCUAUGACCUCAGCGAUAUGGAGCCGGGGACAAAGACAUUCAUCCGACAACGAAGCUAUUCGGUGGGUCCCAUCAUUGAUAUGCCUUUGAGCGCUCGAAAGAACUACGGAACCGAUCGCCCUGAAGCGUCGCUCAACGCUUCGGAGGAUCCCAAAGACAAGCCGACUCUACGGUACUUGAUCCAUCUGAACAUAUGUUGUCCUUCUCGGGGCCGAUUCUACCUUCACUCUAGCAUUCGUGUUGUAUUUGCCAAUAGAGUUCCCGACGGUAAGGAAAAGCUUCGCAAUGAAAUUCAAUGCCCUGAUCCCCGUUACACGCCUUACAAACCCUCGCGGGACUCCAGUCAUACACACGCAGCUGCACGGUCAUCAACAGACCAGAUGCCACACAAAGCACCCACAGAUCGAGAACCAUCAUCGAUGCUGAGUCCAUUGGGGGCUAUGACCUCACGAGAGCCCCCCUACUCCGGGAGCUCCUCCACCUGUGCUCCAGAGGACCCGUUCUCAGACCGUACACUUGCAGACCGAGAAGGUGCCCCGCGGGGCACCUCCAGCCUCUUCAGUCCUCCCCAGCCUUCCUCACAUCCUUUUCGGCCUAUUCCGUCACUGUCUCCAGGGCCCAAACUCGACCCAAAUUUUGCGGAACAGUGUAACACGGAGCGUGGGCUCUAUGGUAAACUUAGUAAGGGUGAGACCGGCUACGGCGGUUAUCCGUUCGCUUUCAACGGUUCCGAGGCUGGUGACAGCCUCCUUGCCAGGAAGCUGAGGGGUUUGGACGUGCACAAGCACGACUCUCCUGACCUGGAAAAGUCCCGUGAAUAACGCCGGCACGCGUUUAACCAGCAUGACGUCGCCCGUAUCGUGAUGGUAACCUCAUUUUCUUUCUUCAUUUCUGCUUCCUCUUCUCCAUUUCUCUUAUACAUCUC